GCGCGGCCGGCCUGACCUGGCGCCAAUUCUAAAUUCGGCACACAAGUUGGCUUCAAACAUUACCAUAGCAAAAUACUAAAAACCGCCAAACGGAAUAAAUAGUGUGUGAGAAAAGUGGAGGAUUUUUAAUAAUAAUGACUAGCGGACCGCCCAAAUACAACAAAGUGUUUGCCCACUUGGGCCAUGACUGCGAGAUGCUCGCCGAAGACGACGAAGUCGAGAAAAGGUUCCCUGGGAGGACCUGUUGCAACCAGUUUAAAAGGGCUGUGAUGCGGAGUAUCCUAGUUCACGAAAAAAUCUGUAAAUCUUGCGCCAUUCACUUGCGAAGUCACGGCGCAAUCGAGAAAGAGAAACAAAGACAUAUCAGAUACCACCCCACUAGCAUCCAUCCCUUCAGCAGCACUCGCAUUUGGUGGGAGUUAUGCAUGUGUGGCGUUUGCCUUUUCCAGUUAAUUUUAGUGCCUUUAGACGUUGGAUUUUAUGCUUUUGAGGAAACUAUGCCGUUCCUUCGCAGUAUUCCAUUUCUCACAAUUCGGAUGGUCUUGGACCUAAUUUGUUGCGUCGACAUUGGCCUUAAUUCAAUAACGGGGUAUUAUGAUGAAGCAAAAAAAGAAGUUGUGCUUCACCAUCGGAAGAUAGUCUUACAUUAUUUAAAAAAUCAGUUUGUUGUGGAUUUUUUAUCGUCAGUUCCGACUCACUGGGAUCUUUUUGUACCCAUGGGCAACACCGAUGGUAAGAAAAAUUGGCAACUGGCGGUUUUACAGUUAAUCUCGACGAUCAAAUAUUUGAGAUUUUUUACGCUCAAUAAUCUUGCGACGAAACUUUGCAAUAUCUUUGGAGUUGAUUUUUAUGUGCGGCAUGGUGUUUUAAUGGUGCUCACAAUGCUCAUUUUUUGGCACAUUCUUUCUUGUACCCAAAUAUUUGGAUAUUAUCUUUUUGAUGAUAAGAAGAAUUAUGCCGCUUAUAAGAACACAACCUCCUUCAAAGCCAUUUCCCGCAGUCUCUACGACGGCGCCCUUUUAAUUUACACAGCAUCGUACGGGGUGGAAGAACCGGAAAACAACUACGAAUUUUUAAUGACUACAAUACUGUGGUUCCUAUCCAAAUUUGUUCAAAUUUACCUCCUAGCCCGCGUUAUCGAAUUCCUGCGAGCCAAGACGUCGCCGAAAAUGAAGUACUCGCAAAUGGUGAAACAAUUGGUUGAAUUUAUGCGCCAUAAGCAACUCCCCUUAUACACCCAAAAGCGGAUUUUGACUUAUUACGAGUUCCAUUUUCAAAAAAGUUACUUCAGAGAGAAUGAAAUCUACGCAACGAUUUCAGGCCAGUUGCGCCAAGAAAUCGUAAUGCAGACGUGUCGACAGUUGGUAGAAAACGUUGAAUUUUUCAGAGAUCUUCCCCUAAAUUUGCUCGUACGAAUCGUGUCCUGUUUGCGAUCUGAGAUUUAUUUGACUAAUGACGUUGUUGUGAAAGCCAAUUCGACUGGAAAUUGCAUGUACUUCAUAUCAACUGGGACAGUGGCUGUUUAUACAGUUUCAGGGAAAGAAGUGUGUCAUUUAGAGGACGGGGACCACUUUGGCGAAAUUGCUUUGGUCACCCCCGAAGCGCAACGAGUUGCUUCUGUUAUUGCGGUGGAAACGUGUGAAUUGUACAGACUGGACAGGAAGGACUUUAUUAAGGCCAUCCAUCCGUAUCCAGAUUUGCUGGAAAAGAUCCAGAAAAUUGCCGCUGAUAGGAUGGAGAAGACCAAUCUUAUGGAGGAGCAUUAUAAGAGGGACAUGGCCACCAAGCGAUUGUAUUAAAAGGCUUAAUUCCAAUAAAACUCAUUUUAUUUUACAACUUAA